GGCCCUAAAACCAAACGUGUCAAAGCGCAUCGCUGCCCCACAUCAGCAGCAAUGGCCAUGGGCAGAUGUGCGGUGCUGCUGCUGGCAGUUUGGGCCACCUCUCUGUGUUUUGCUGGCGUGCGGCCGGUGCUUCCUCCAGCAAGGUUGGCGCUGCGCUCCCUGGGCAUCACCACAGAGGUCCGGGGGAAGGAGGGCACAGAUAGCUUCCGGCGCUUCUUCCUGAAGGGCGACCAGGAGAUUUCCCCGUGGCAUGACCUGCCGCUGUCUGGCGAGGCCGAGGGGGUCUAUUGGAUGGUCACAGAGAUCCCCAAGAUGACCAAGCCGAAGAUGGAGAUCGCGACUAAGGAGUCGCUGAACCCGAUCGCGCAAGAUAUGAAGAACAACAAGCUGCGGGAAUACCACGGUCCUAUCUUCUGGAACUACGGCUACCUGCCGCAGACCUGGGAGGAUCCGGAGGUGGAGCACCCUGAGCUGAAGGUGAAGGGGGACAACGACCCUGUGGACGUGGUAGAGGUGGGCUCGAGAACACACGAGCAGGGUGAGCUCGUCCAGGUCAAGGUGCUGGGGGCACUGGCCAUGAUCGAUGACGGCGAGCUGGACUGGAAGAUUCUGGGCAUCGGCCUGGAUGACCCCCUGGCCAAGAAGCUGAAUUCGGUGGAAGACCUCGAGCAGCAGCUGCCCGGGGUGGUCUCUGGCGUCCGGGAGUGGUUCCGCUGGGAUCCCCCGGCGGGGAUCCCUAGGUACAAGACCCCCGACGGCAAGGGCCUGAACCGCUUUGGCUUCGAAGAGGCGGCCUUGGACGCCCCCCAGGCGGUCGAGGUCAUCCAGGAGACCCACAGCUUCUGGAAGAAGCUUCGGGAAAGCUCGGGCCGCGAGGGCCUUUGGGUGGGCGCCUGAAAUUCCAUUCGCGGAGCACGGGAGCACGGCCGACGCCGGUUUCACGGAGUUGGGUCUUGGUUUCGAUCUUGGUUUUGAUCUUGUUCUUUUUUGG